CUCGACUUUAAACGUCUCUCAUAGAACAGAGUCUCACCUUAUCCCAUUUUACAGUCUCUGAACUCUAAACCCUUUCUCCUUUGUUUCCAAUGGCAUCGAUCAAUUUCAACCCAUUCGAAAGCUGGUUCUCAAAACCACCGAAGCCAAUUCCUCCACUGAACCUCCUCAAGCUCAAUGACUUCUCCUUCUUCCGAACCGAAUCCCCCUCAAAGUUCGCUUCUCUCUCCGCUUCAAACCUCUUCGACAGAGACAAACAACAACUCGAAACUAACCCCUCCUCCUCGACCGAAGAACCCAAAGGUCCGUACAGUCAAAUGCUGGACCAGUACUUCUGGGAAUGCGAGAACUUGCCCGAUUACCGCUACGCCCCGGAGGUCGAAAAGAUCCUCAACGAAGACCCCAUUUUCGAGAAGAAGGAAAACCCGACGGAGGAGGAGAUCAGAGAGAACGCCAAGUUCUGGGAGGACUUUUGGGCCAAUCCGGUUGUGAAGUUCUUGAGACGGGCAGAGGAGAUUGCGGAUAUUGUGAAUGAAAUGGAGCUCAAGGAGAACGAGAAUCCGUACAGGAGAGAGGACCGGAAGCUAUGGCGGUCGGUGCCGCACGUGAUUGGGCUCGACGGCCGGCCCAUGCCGAGGAAGGCGAUAAAGACGAAGCAAGAGUCCGAUGACAAGUUUUGGGAUUUUGCGAGGCAGUUCUUCUUUGGGCUCUGGGGGUUCCGCCAGAGGCCCUACCCGUCGGGCCGCCCCAUCGACGUCGCUCAGGCCAUCGGCUACAAGCGCCUCGAGAAGCGCUAUUAUGAUUUUAUCAUGAGGAGUGGUGGAUUUUACUAUAAGGAUCGGUUGGGUCGUACUCGAGGACCAUGUGAGUUGAUAACCCUCAAAACUGCAUGGGGGGCUGGCAUCAUUGAUAAAGACACGUUCAUUUGGGGUGAAGACAUGGAUGAAUGGGCGCCAAUUCACAUGGUUUAUGGCAUGGAACGUGCGAUUGCCACGUGGGAAGUUAGACUUGGAGCUGCUGCUACUGCUUUUCUUCACAAACUGCAAAAAGGCAUUCCUCCUUGGGUUCCUCUGAAGGGGCAUGAGCCAAAAACAUAUGAGCAGGCCCAACGAGAAGCUUAUGAAAGCAAGAGACGCGAUUUAGCUGUACUGGAAGCUAAUGGUGGUGUUUGGCCUGGUGUUAGAAUUCCAAGUCAUUGUCUAUUUCUUUGGGCUAGUGGCUCAGAACUGACAUCAAUUCUUCAACAGGAUCACAUGCCAAACAAAUAUAUUCCAAAUGAUCUUAGGCGUCAAUUGGCUGAAAUUAUCCCUGGUCUAAGGCCAUGGGAAGUUCUAAGCGUUGAACAAGCAAUGGAUCAGAUAACAUAUGGUGGGGAAUGGUACCGCGAGCCUCUCGGUACAUACACGACGGGCCCUCCAUACAUUCGAAAAUGGAAUAAGGAUGUCAUGAGAAUACUGAGGAUUUAUGAAAAGCUUAGCAGUGCAGUUUACCGGAAAAUGAGUCAGGCAAUUCCUGGUUUCACCACAAUAAUGGAGAAAGUCUAUGCUGAUGCUGCUGUGAGGGAUGCAAGACGGAAGGAGAGGAUGUUGGCUAAGAAGAAAGCCGGGGAGGAAGAACUUUAUCGUCGAGUUAUAGGGAAAUAGUCAAAUUUUUCCGUUGGUGGCAAAGAAAAGCGUACAUCUUCACUUUAUAUAAAUGUGUUUCUUCUUGGGAAACCAGAGAUGACUUUUGGUUCUUGAAUAUGCUGGGUCUUCAUUAUACUGCUUUUAGUGUUUUACCCAAAUCUCACAUCUGAUCAUACAAAUGGCAACUCCAGGUCAUGUUUGUUAUUGUGGAGGAGGAUAGUAGAGUACAUAUGGAAUCCAUAUUUGGACUUAAAGAUAGGUUCUGUUGGUUGGCUUGUUUUAAUUGCAUUAUGUAAGUCUUCUUUUGCUUU